UCCUCCGACGCUGACACACGCCUUCAGUGUGUAUCUUAAAGUGUGUGUUUGUGUGUGUGUGUGUGAGAGAGAGAGAGGAGGGGAGAGAGUGAGAAAGGGGGAAGGAGGAGGUUUCUAGGUUUUCCUCAGUGGUCGCACGCGCUCGGUUUGCUGAAGGAGCCACAAACGGACGCGCGAGAAAGCUGGAGUGGAUAAGGAGCGACAUUUGAGGGAGACUCGCGUGCCAUUACGCACCAGGCUGCUCCGAUGUGGAGCUAAUCGAUCCAACUAACCCUCAUCAUCAUCAUUAUUGUGAUUUAUAUUCCAAUACGUGUUUAUGUGAGUGGACAGAAGAGGAGCGCGUCACGGUCAUACCGAGCACCGGGGAAAGUUGGAGUACAGCGGGACGAAGCAGCGGGAUGUUUAACGCGUGAAAAGCUGCAGGAAAGUGUUUGUUUCUCCGCUCUUGGACCGGAUGCUCUGUGGAUACUCGGUCACGCGCUGCUGCACCGGAACAUGCGGCCGUUACCGGACUCUGUGAGCUCCUCUCGGGUCCAGGAUCCCCGCUAACACCGUCUCCUGGGGUUUGUUCGUGCCUUCUCCGUCAUGCCGGCGGCAGUUUCACUGGUUUCCAGCGCAGAAAGAGAGAUAGGUAGUGAGUGAGAGACACCGAGAGAGCGCGUGAGAGAGAGAAAGAGAGAGAGGCACGCGGGAGUGAACCGGACCGGACCGCGCGGGAAACCGUUUUCAGUCUGACUCUGUGGAUUACAGCUGCACGCGACAUGAUCCUGAUCACUCUCAUCACUUUUGUGUCUCUGCUGGAUGUGUGCGUCUGUGACUCGGAGCUGGGCCCCCCCGGCUGGAGGGAACCUCUGGACUGCGUCCGAGCGUCUGAGCUGUGUAACCAGAACAGCCAGUGCAGCUCCCGGUACCGGAUCAUGCGCCAGUGCCUCUCGGGAGGGGACAAGGAGCGCAGCGCCAUGCUGGCCUCCAAGGAGUGCCAGGGGGCGCUGGAGGUGCUGCAGGACUCUCCGCUGUACGACUGUCGCUGCAAGAGGGGCAUGAAGAAGGAGCUGCAGUGUCUGCAGAACUACUGGAGCAUCCACAUGGGUCUGACCGAGGGGGAAGAGUUUUACGAGACGUCUCCAUACGAGCCGAUCCACUUCUCCGAGGAGUUCAGACACGCCUCCAUCAUCUCAGAUUCGUCUUUGUCCAAGAUGAGCCCCUGCUCCGAGGCCGGGAAACCCUGUAACCCCUGCCUGGACGCAGCCAAGGCGUGUAACCUCAACGAGACGUGUAAACGCCUGCGCUCCGCCUACAACUCCAUCUGCAGCAAGGCCACGCCCCCUCAGCCCUCUGUGGCCAAUCAGGAGCCGUGCAGCAGGAAAAGAUGUCAGAAGGCCCUGCGUCAGUUCUUUGAGCGCGUCUCAUGGGAGCUCAGUUACCCGCUGCUCUUCUGCUCGUGCCCGGACCAGGCGUGUGCAGAACGCCGCCGCCGCACCAUCGUCCCCUCCUGCUCGCACCAGGAGAGACACAAACCCUCCUGCCUGGAACUGCGGCGCACCUGUCGCUCCGACGCCCUCUGUAGGUCCCGUCUCGCUGAUUUCCACAUGAACUGCCAGAUGACGUCUCACACGGUGACCAGCUGUCCCCAUGACAACUACCACGGCUGCCUCAUGUCCUACGUCGGCCUCCUCGGCUCUGAUGUAACACCUAACUACAGCGACAGCAGCCCAUCCAACAUUACCAUCAGCCUGUGGUGCAGCUGCAGGGGAGCAGGAAGUCAGGAGGCCGAGUGUGACGCUUUCCACCGAGACUUCACACACAACACCUGCCUCAGAAACGCCAUCCAGUCAUUCGGCUACGGCUCAGAGGGAGGAGUUCAUCACAUGACCGAGCCGUCUUCCACCUUCCUCCCCCCCGCCCAGCCGCCAAUCAUCUCCAAACCCGCCCCCUCCCUACACGGCAACGCAAUCAAACCCAUGGACAGCGCGUGCAUGUUCUCCACCUGCGCCAACCUGCAGGAUGGAGGCCAGAAGUGCAUCCCCUCUGACGAGUUUGAGUGCGAGGAGGCACUGUUGGCCCAGGGGUCAAUAGAUUCUCAGGACUCUGCGGGGCCCAAGAGCAGCAGCCGGCAAUCAGCUCCGUUCCUCCACCGCCUCUCUCUGACUGUGUGUGUAUCCGUCCUGCCAACAUUUCUACUCCUCGUCUCAUAAACAUGAACGCUCACAUGCACACUGCACAAACACUCAAACCAACACACACACACACACACACACACACACACACACACAGACACACACACACACACACACACACACACACACACACACACACACACACACACAGUCAUAAAUGGCAGAGAAAGUCACACGACUCUUAAGCCCUCCGCUGCGGGAAAAUGUCAACCACCAGACAUCCAAACAUCAUCUUCGGCCUUUAGAGGAGGGAAAGUGUUCUGGAGGACGUUCAGAUUCUCUCUCCACACACACACACACACACAAACUUACCCACACACACACACACACACACACACACACACACACACACACAUACACACACACAAUGAAGAUGAGGAAUGGAAGAAGAGGAGGAAGAAGCGGGACUGAAUUUGGUUGAGAGGGCGGGGAAUUACAAAGGCAGAGACAGAGAGACUCUUGGGAUUUUGGAUCAUGCCGACUUCAUUUCCAAAUCUCCAGGUCUCGAGGGUUUGUGUUGCUUUUUGUGCAGACCCGGCACUGACUCUCUCCCUCCAGCUUUUUUGGAUCCGAGACAGCUGGGCUAAAAAAACCCAGGGACAAAAA